ACGCCCCCUGCUGGCAAACAUCCUUCCAUGUUGGUGUGCAGUGUCUACGACUUCUACCCCAAACAGAUCUCAGUGAGCUGGAGGAGAGAUGGACAGGAGGUCAGCACUGAUGUGACCUCCACUGAUGAGCUGGCUGAUGGUGACUGGUUCUACCAGAUCCACUCUCACCUGGAGUACACACCCAGGUCUGGAGAGAAGAUCUCCUGUGUGGUGGAGCACGCCAGUCUGAGCAAACCUCUGGUUACUGACUGGGAUCCAUCGAUGCCUGAGUCAGAGAGAAACAAGAUCGCCAUCGGAGCGUCAGGACUGAUCCUGGGUCUGAUCUUGUCUCUGGCUGGAUUCAUCUACUAUCGGAGGAAGGUUCGAGGACUCAUCCCAGUUCCCCAAAGCUAA